AAGAAUGAAGUUUUAAAAUUUUUGGGUGAUUUGAAGAAACCAGCUCAGUGGUAUGGAUCAUCCAAAUCUCUUUAGAAGUUGAGUGUAUCCCUUACGUUUAGGCUUCUUUCAAUCAAGCUGUUCCAAAAGUCUACUGAUGCUAUCCACCAACCCAUUUCUUUUGCUUAACUUAAUCUUCGGAUUAUUGUGAUUUACCCAUAUUCGUUUACUGCAAAGGAACUUUUUUGCGUUGCUCUAUACGCAUCUACUAAUAAUUAUAAAUCUAAAAUGGUUAACUAUCAAUUAGUACCAUGGUGACGGUGUUUUUUCGAAAAUUAAUUAUCAAUUAGCACCAUGCUGAUGGUGUUUUUGGAGAGGGAGGGAGCAAUGGGCCAGGUUUCUCACGGGAUAAUAAUUCUCAAAGUUUUAUGGUGACACGCAUUUUGAAGGAAAAAAUCUGACCGAUGCCACUGCCCCAGACGGGAAAGUACAGAAAGAAGAGAAAGAUCAGCGAUAUUGAUUCUCUCUGAGACCAAAUCAUUUAGGACUCAAAACAAAGUGUCCUACUUUGCUGGCUGCGAUUACUGUUAACUCUCUGCCUCCAGAUACAGAAUUUAAUUACUAUAUAUAUAAAUAGAAGGCAGAUACUCAUCAUACAAUCUGGCUGUCAUACACAUAUCAAUUCAAGAGGCAGAGGGCCAGCCGCUCUUGGCCGGAGGACAAGAAACAAGAGAGGAUCCUCACCAAGAGCCAAGCUUUAUAAUGGAAGUCAAUGGAGAUGGAGCAGGGAACUCUACCAGGCCUCGAAAAGUUAUUGACGAGGAAAACUCAGCAGUUGAGAUUCCCGAGACUGCCCAUCAGAUUAGCAGUGGUUUGUUUCCAUUUCUUUUGGCACGAUUCAUGGUUUCAAGUUGGUUUUGUCCUCACCACCGGUAUCAACAGUGCAUAUGUAUUGGGAUAUUCUGGGACCAUUAUGGUUCCCUUGGGCUGGAUACCUGGAGUACUAGGUUUGAUCAUAGCCACUGCAAUAUCAUUGUAUGCAAAUUCUCUUAUCGCCGAGCUGCAUGAAUUUGGAGGGAGGAGACAUAUCAGAUACAGAGAUCUUGCAGGAUUUAUCUAUGGUAGGAAAGCUUAUUCUUUAACCUGGGGAUUGCAAUAUGUUAAUCUUUUCAUGAUUAACACGGGAUACAUCAUUUUGGCUGGAUCAGCUUUGAAGGCUGUCUAUGCUCUUUUUAGCGAUGACCAUGUCAUGAAACUCCCAUACUUCAUUGCCAUUUCUGGGUUUGUAUGUGCCUUGUUUGCCAUGUCAAUUCCCCACUUGUCUGCUCUCAGACUUUGGUUGGGAGUUUCCACGGUUUUCAGCCUGAUAUAUAUAAUUGUGGCGUUUGUGCUUUCUGUUAAGGAUGGAAUUGAAGCACCAGCCAGGGAUUACAGCAUUCCAGGAACAACAAGAAGCAAAAUCUUUACAACAAUAGGAGCAUCUGCUAAUCUGGUUUUUGCAUUUAAUACAGGAAUGCUUCCAGAAAUACAGGCAACAAUAAAACAGCCCGUUGUCAGUAACAUGAUGAAAUCACUUUACUUCCAAUUCUCGGCUGGAGUUUUACCAAUGUAUGCAGUGACAUUUAUUGGAUAUUGGGCUUAUGGAUCUUCAACAUCAAGCUAUUUGCUUAGCAGCGUCAAUGGCCCGGUUUGGGUAAAGGCAUUGGCCAACAUCUCUGCAUUCCUUCAAACAGUCAUUGCUCUGCAUAUAUUUGCAAGCCCAAUGUAUGAGUACUUGGAUACAAAGUAUGGGAUUAUAGGAAGUCCAUUUUCAAUUCGCAACUUGUCGUUUAGGGUCGGGGUAAGAGGCGGCUACCUAACUAUUAACACGCUGGUGGCAGCUCUUCUGCCUUUCCUUGGAGAUUUUAUGAGCCUUACUGGCGCUAUAAGCACCUUCCCCCUUACAUUUAUUCUGGCCAACCACAUGUACCUAAAAGCAAAGAAGAACAAAUUGACUUCUCUACAAAAGCUUUGGCAUUGGUUCAAUGUUUAUUUUUUCGGCCUUAUGUCCAUUGCAGCAGCAGUUUCAGCUCUGAGACUUAUUGCAGUAGAUUCCAAAACAUACCAUGUAUUCGCUGAUUUAUAGUGAAAAUUAGAUUUCGAUUGAAUCCACUUGAUUUAGACUUUA